AUGGAUCAGCAGAAUAACACGGUGGAAUUCUUCAUAGUUGGGUUCUCAGAUGUCCCCAAUGUGCGGUUUCCUCUCUUUUUAUUUUUCCUACUGGUCUAUAUAAUGACAAUAGUUGGGAAUUUGAUCCUCAUUGUACUUAUAAGUUCCAGCUCUUUAUUUAGCACCCCGAUGUACUUCUUCCUCUGUAACCUUUCUACUCUUGACAUUGUCUACACAUCGGUGACAUCUCCAAAGUUGAUCCAUAUAUUUGCCACUAACAAUGGAAAAAUUUCCUUUUUGGAGUGUAUGGUUCAGCUCUUCUUUUUUGAUGCUUUUUGGAACACAGAAUAUUUCCUACUCACCGUGAUGGCUUAUGACCGGUACGUGGCCAUCUGUAAACCACUACAUUACAUGAUGAUUAUGAACCGGAGACUAUGUAUAAUCGCUGCUGCAGGGACCUGGAUUGGAGGGAUGCUGGGAUCAAUUACUCCAACAGUUCCCACCGCCAUGGCUACUUACAGAACUUUCAAUAUACUUAAUCAUUUCUUUUGUGACAUCAAAGCAUUGGAAACUGUGGCAAUAGGUAAUGCUUCGUACAUACGUAAUGCAAUCCUAGUCCAUGGACUUCUAUGUGUAACAACUUCUCUUGUUUUGAUAUUAGUUUCUUACUUUUAUAUAAUCACUACUAUAUUUAUGAUUCGCUCCAGAAAGGGAAAAUACAAGGCCUUCUCUACUUGUGCUUCUCACCUCAGCAUGGUGAGCAUGUUCUAUAUUUUACUAUUUGAUUUGUACUUUAGACCUAAGUCAACAGUUUCUCCACAUGAAGGAAAGGUUCUAACAGUGCUGUAUGUCUACAUUAUUCCUCUAUUAAAUCCAGCAGUGUAUAGUUUCAGGAAUAGAGAGGUUAAGGAGGCAUGUAGAAAAAUGAUUAAAAAAAAUGUUGUGCGUAAAUGA